AUGAUUUCAGGGUUCAGCAAGCGCUAUGACUUCGGAGAUUCUCGCACGUUGUUCGAGAUGGAGGUGGAUAAUGCUUCUCCUGUUUCUGUAAGAGCUACGUCUUUCCAGGGCUGUAUGCAUGGCACUCACUAUAUCCUUGUCUGGUGGUGGAAAGUGGCUGUUCGAAGCAUCAGACUUGUUAAAGUUAAUCGUAAAGUACCAGUUGUAUUCAUGGAUGAGGAGAUAAACGCCCUUGCAGUGACAGUCAUCAAAGUAGCUACGCAGCAUACGCUGGAGUGUGCCUUUCCGUCGGUAACGCAUCUGCACGAGGCUACUGUGCUCAGUACAUGGCUUCUUGACACGCUUUGA